GGACUGUAGCGGCUUCGGGCGGGGGGCUCUGCCACCGGGACCAUGCUGCUGCGAACCGCUUGGAGGCGGGUGGCCACGGCAGCGCCCGCGGCUCCGGGGCCGAGGGCCAAGCCGCCCAUUUGGGGGCUGCGCCUGCGCGGUAUAGACCUUACUCCCCAGUCUGCUGUUGCCUCUGAUGCAGCCACUGCUCUGGAGGCGGAGUCAGUGCUGCGACCUCUGUACAUGGAUGUGCAAGCUACAACUCCUCUGGACCCUCGGGUGCUUGAUGCCAUGCUCCCUUACCUAGUCAACUACUAUGGAAACCCACACUCCCGGACACAUGCUUAUGGCUGGGAGAGUGAGGCUGCCAUGGAAUGUGCUCGCCAGCAAGUAGCAUCUCUGAUUGGGGCUGAUCCUCGUGAGAUCAUUUUCACUAGCGGUGCUACUGAAUCCAACAACAUAGCAAUUAAGGGAGUGGCCAGGUUCUACAGGUCCCGGAAAAAGCACUUGAUCACCACACAGACAGAACACAAAUGUGUCUUGGACUCCUGCCGUUCACUGGAAGCUGAGGGCUUUAAUGUCACCUACCUCCCGGUGAAGAAGAGUGGAAUCAUUGACCUGAAGGAACUAGAGGCUGCCAUCCAGCCAGAUACCAGCCUGGUCUCAGUCAUGACUGUGAACAAUGAAAUUGGAGUGAAGCAGCCCAUUAAGGAAAUAGGGCAGAUUUGCAGUUCCAGAAAGGUGUAUUUCCAUACCGAUGCAGCCCAGGCUGUUGGAAAAAUCCCACUUGACGUCAAUGACAUGAAAAUUGAUCUCAUGAGCAUCAGUGGUCACAAAAUCUAUGGUCCCAAAGGGGUCGGUGCCAUCUACAUUCGCCGGCGGCCCCGUGUGCGUGUGGAGGCCCUGCAGAGUGGAGGGGGGCAGGAGCGGGGUAUGCGGUCUGGGACAGUACCCACACCCUUGGUGGUGGGGCUGGGGGCUGCGUGUGAGGUGGCACAGCAAGAGAUGGAGUAUGACCACAAGCGAAUCUCAAAGUUAGCUGAGCGACUGAUACAGAAGAUAAUGAAGAGCCUUCCAGAUGUGGUGAUGAAUGGGGACCCUGAGCACCAUUACCCAGGCUGUAUCAACCUCUCCUUUGCGUAUGUGGAAGGGGAGAGUCUGUUGAUGGCACUUAAGGAUGUUGCCUUAUCCUCAGGGAGUGCCUGCACCUCUGCAUCCCUGGAGCCCUCUUACGUCCUUCGAGCAAUUGGCACUGAUGAGGAUUUAGCUCAUUCUUCUAUCAGGUUUGGCAUUGGCCGUUUUACUACAGAGGAGGAAGUGGACUACACAGUGGAGAAGUGCAUUCACCAUGUGAAGCGUCUUCGAGAAAUGAGUCCUCUCUGGGAGAUGGUGCAGGAUGGCAUUGACCUCAAGAGCAUCAAGUGGACCCAACACUAGAAGAGUGGGCCUCUAAGUUUGUGCUGGCUCCUCCUGCCUCAUCAAUUCAUGCACAGCCAGGCAUUUCGUUAUCCGCAGUGGCUGCUCCAUGUUCAGACCAGAACUGGUGUAGCCCACCUGACUUCAGCAUUGGCCUGCCUCUAAGACAGAAACAUGAGAAAACUGUCUUUCUCUGGCCUCAGCUCCUUUGGUGGGGAACAUUCCCCAUUUCUUUCCAGGAAUCCUUCUCUGGUCUUAUAGUGAGUGGAUGUUCUCAUCCUGAACCAGGAGGGACAUAUGCUAUGAGUUGCUGCUGGACACAUCUGUAUCCUUGGUGGAGAGAGCCAGAGGAACUGCAAAAACGCUUUUGUUUAGGGACCCUGAUGCCCUGGGUGGACAUUUGAGUUGUUGCUUACCGCUGCUGAGAGAGACUCACUUCUUCCAAUAGAAGCAUAAUCAUCUAUGACUUUACCUUUUUCGUGGCUCCAAAGGCUACCUCUUCAUAUCGUCUAUAGACUGAACUGCAAGUUUCUUAGAAGGCUUGUCUCCUCUGUGUUCUUGUCCUUCUUUUCUUUUGACCUAAUGGAGCUAGAAAUAUCUGUAUGACUGAGUCUACCUAGUCUUGUAGUAAUUUAUGUUUCUUUUAAAAAAAAAUUGUUAAUUUGCAGAUUAGAGGAAUAAAAUCAUCUUCCUGUAUUUAUUCUA